AUGUCUUAUAAUUCCGGUUAUCAGUAUCCAAAAAAUAAAGGAAAUCAAUCAUCACAACAGAAGCAAGUCAUUGGCAAUCCGUCGGGUGUAUCACAUAAAACUGAUGGACAUUUAAAAAACCAGCAACUAAUUCCAAAUAAUUCUCAGGCUUCUGUGCAACGUCCGUGGCGAUAUACAACUCUCAAUAAUGUGAAAGUUGUCUACAAUUCCCAAGAUGCAAAAAGCUAUAUUCAAAAGAUGGCUAAUAUUUUGGAGAUUAAUCAUCAUGAUGGUAGCGCCGAAUUUAUUCAACAAAUGUUACGAAGAGUUGAUUAUAUUACUAAGCCAUCAGAUGGACCUUUUGAACAUACUUACGACGGAGAUCAUGAAAAAUGUUAUAUACUUGUGUUGAUUGAAACUAAAGAGGAUCGUAUCGAAAUUGGAUAUUCUUAUCAUUCCAUAACGGAUGUUAUUUCAGACGAUAGUUCAAGUGGAGAUGCAAUUUUGCCUGGUCCAAAUACAUUCGAUUGGUUUAAGACAAAAGCACGUGAAAGUUUAAGAAUGACAGCGGGAAUCGUCAGUCACAUGGUCGAUAAGAAAAAUUCAAUGGCUGAAUUUCAGAAGCAACAAUUAUCGGGAUCUCAUGAACAAAAACCGGUGGUAAAAUUCCACUACGAUAAUCAAGAACAUUAUUCUAGUGAGAAGUCUUUUUCCUCACCGUUUCAUGAUCGAGACAACAGAAUGGAUCAAUAA